AUGGUCGGGGUCAGUCGCGACGGUCCGGCAUCAGAUCGGAAGACCCCAACGAACCCCAUCUUACCAGAUGGCGGAGCAGACAGCGAUGACGAGGAAUUCCAUGAUGCACGGUACCCUGCAGAUGAGGAAGCCAGACUAUUGAAGGAAGCCCAAGACAUUAAAACGGAGGCAAAUCAGCUUUUUAGUUCAGCAUGCUACGACCAAGCCAUCUCAUGCUACGACCGCGCUCUCUCUUCCUGCCCCAACUACCUCGACUACGACGUUGCUGUCCUCCGGAGUAAUAUUGCAGCAUGCUACUUGAAGCUGGAGGACUGGAAGGCCGCGGUGGAUGCCGCGACAGCUUCUCUGGACCGCCUUGAGAAGAUCAUACCCUCAAACGCACCGAAUCAGGUUCAACGUGACGUGCAUCAAUCUGAUGCCACCAGUGCAAACACGCAGGAGAGCGAGGCAGUUGUUGAGAUAUCGGCCGCGGACGCAGAUGCAGAAGAGAAGCAGCUGGAGCACCUAAAGGAAUUGGACACGCAGCGUACAAAUGUGCAGCGCAUUCGGGCCAAGUCUCUCAUGCGACGUGCCAAGGCGAAAUCCAACCUUGGAGGGUGGGCGAAUCUGCAGGGCGCAGCUGAAGACUACCAGGCUCUGAACUCAAUGCACGAUCUCCCCGCAGACGAGAAGCGCAUUGUACAGCGAGCUCUGCGGGAGCUCCCAUCUCGAGUGAACGAGGCGAAAGAAAAGGAAAUCGGGGAGAUGAUGUCGAAGAUGAAAGAUCUGGGCAAUGGCAUAUUGAAACCAUUCGGCCUAUCGACAGAUAACUUCAAUUUUGUGCAGGACCCGAAAACCGGUGGCUAUUCCAUGAACUUUCAAUCCUAA